GUGAUUCUUUCGUGGUGAGUAUCGGAAAAACCUAUAGAAGUUUUCUGUCAUCUGCCAUUAGCAUAACUGGAAGAUUGUGAAAGCGGAAAAGUUAAUGUGGUUAUUAGAAUCCAAGUUGAAAAACCCCGCUAGCAAACUGGAUUCCCAAACCGAAGUGCCUUCGGAAACUGCAUCCGCCAGCAGUAUGUCUUCCCCGAGCACCAGCUCCAGCAUUGCACCUGAAGGUUGGCUGGAUGAUAGAAUGCUGAAUGCAGUGCUGCAUGAUCAGCGUGAAAUGCUGGCCAAACUGGAGAAGGCCAACGAAACCCUGGACACGUGCAACACCUUGAGCCAUCAGCGUAUCGACGCGUACGCUACUGACUUCAAACACCACGUCAAGCUCUUAUUGGAAAUGAAGAAAGAUCUCGAGUCAUUGUAUAAACGGUUAAGAAUUGUCCAAACCAAAGUCUCCAAACUGUAUCCAGCUAACUACGCGGAUGCAGUCAGUAAAGCGGAAAUGCACGAAAUAGAGGAAGACGAGAAUGACUGAUUUUAAUUACAUUUUGGCCGUCCUGGAAUUUUGUACGCGCAGUCUGUUGUUUCCGUUUUCCUGGAUGUUCAUGACCUGCAGUUUGGAUUUUGUUUGGUUUUAUGCGUCCAUUUGCAGUUGAUUUGCAACCAUAUUGAU